CCAGCCCGUCUCUUCCUCCCCCUCCCCCAUUCCCCUCCUCCCGCAGCCUCCUGAAGUUCUUCCCCUCCCUCCCAGGCCUGUCGGAAGUCACUCAGGCCUCGCUGAUCAUGUCUCUAGUGCUGUCUUUGCCGCUGGGGUUGAGCCUGCCUGCGCAGUGCGUCAACAUCCUGAGCGGCCCGCUGCACGAGAUCAUGCCCGUCUUCACCAGCCUCAUCUACCUGAGCGUGGGUAUCGCGGAACUGCUGUCCGUCGUCUUCUUCCGUCUCAUGUUGAACCAGCUCAAGUUCCUAUUAAAAGAGUUCGAUCUGUGGGUUAACUGGCCAGUCUACUUGAUCCUGGUCUCCUCCUUGCUCUACAUCGGGGUUGGAGCCUUCUUCUACCAUCAUCAUGUGAAUUCCGACAACUCUCAGAGAGGGAAGCAGGCGACUUCCAGAAAUACUAACAUCCCAUCAAUUGCUCCAAGUGCCCUGAUGCCCAGAAGUCCUGAAUUUUUACUUAAAACAACCCAGGAAAAAGAACCUGCCACUUCCCAAACUGUUGAUGUCCCUUGGGACCUAAAGUCUCAAAGUACCUCCCCCAAGCAUUCCCAGAAGCUUUCACUGAAUAUGAAAUCCUUUUUCCCAAAGUCUGCUCUAUCUUGUAUCCCUGAGCAGAGUGAGAGCACCCUAAGUGCUAUAUCCUCCCUAAGUUACCUGGGCUCUAAGGUUGCAGUAAACAUUAGGCAUACCUCAUAAUGCAGUCCUAAUAAUUCUUCUGGAGGCUUCUAAAAUCUGGCUCUCAGGAUCUCAGAAACGCAUCCCCCUAUUUGCUACCACCUCCCCUCCCCAUGGCCAUAACCUUCUCCUGGAUGGUUAAAAAAAAAAAAAUUGAAUUUGAAAAGUGCUUUCCCUGGUCCUGAUGUUGGGGAAGCAUCUAAACAUCCUCUUUUCCAACAUCCUACCUCCCCUUCCCCGACAAGGAUGAUCUGUCCUCUCUGUGAAGUCUGUCCACCUUCAGGUCCCUGGAGAAAAUGGGGGCAUUUCCUGGAUAUUAGGUAUGGUGAAGCCAAGUGGACCAGAAACAGAAAGCCAGUGAACGGGGAAGACAGACUGAUAAAGAAUGAAGAGGGGAAUGUCAAUUUCCUAAAUGAAGUUGCUGUCAUUAAAGAAAGCACUUGGGGGUUCUUCCCCAAGCCAGUGUUCCACCAUCAUCUCAGUUCCCACUGUGUUCCCGUUCUGGUCCCUUGUCUGGUAUCUUCAUUUCUAUCCCCUUUCCCCACUCUUACCCUUCACCAUCCCCAAUCUCUAGAAGGCCAGUCCCAGUCCCAUGGCCAACUCCAACCUCACUCUCCCUAAACCUGCUUCCUUUAACCCCAAACCUAAACCCAUCCUCCAUCUGUUUCCCCAUG